GGCCGCUAGCAGGAAGUAGGAGUAGAGGCGGCCCUGGCGGGCUGGCGAGCGGGCUGCGGCCGCCACUUUGCCGAGUCGUGGUCAGCGCCGUGGGCACCAGGGGAGAUGGAAGGACCGGGAAUGGGCUCACAGUGCAGGAAUCACAGCCAUGGACCGCACCCUCCAGGAUUUGGUCAACAUGGCAUCUGUGUACAUGAAAAUGAAGAACUUGCAAAGGCGAAGGAAACUCUUCCUCUUAUAGAGGACUCUAGUAACUGCGACAUUGUAAAAGCUACUCAGUAUGGCAUCUUUGAACGAUGCAAAGAGUUGGUAGAAGCAGGUUAUGAUGUCAGACAACCAGACAAAGAAAAUGUGUCGCUUCUUCAUUGGGCUGCUAUUAACAACAGGCUGGAUCUUGUAAAGUUUUAUAUUUCCAAAGGUGCUGUUGUAGAUCAGUUGGGAGGAGAUUUAAAUUCAACUCCUCUUCACUGGGCUAUCAGACAAGGACAUUUACCUAUGGUCAUAUUAUUACUGCAUCAUGGUGCAGACCCCACUCUCAUUGAUGGAGAGGGAUUCAGCAGCAUCCACCUGGCAGUAUUAUUUCAACACAUGCCUAUUAUAGCAUAUCUCAUCUCAAAGGGGCAGAGUGUGGAUAUGACAGAUUUAAAUGGGCAAACACCUCUCAUGCUAUCAGCUCACAAAGUGCUUGGGCCAGAACCAACUGGAUUUCUAUUAAAGUUCAAUCCUUCUCUCAAUGUUGUUGAUAAAAUACACCAGAACACUCCACUCCACUGGGCAGUUGCGGCGGGAAAUGUUAAUGCAGUUGACAAACUUUUGGAGGCUGGUUCUAGCCUGGAUAUCAGAAAUGUUAAGGGAGAAACGCCUCUUGAUAUAGCUCUGCAAAUGAAAAACCGUCUCAUCAUUCACAUGCUCAAAGCAGAAGCGAAAAUGAGAGUCAACAAAAAGUAUAGACUUUGGAGGUGGCUGCAGAAGAGCGAGCUUUUAAUGGUGCUGAUGCUGUCUGUGAUUACCAUGUGGGCUGUUGGAUACAUACUGGACUCCAAUUCAGAUUCCUGGCUUUUAAAAGGAAGUCUUCUAGUAAUAUUGUUUUUUCUGACAUCUUUGUUUCCCAGGUUGCUGGUUGGCUAUAAGAGCCUAAUAUACUUACCCACAGCCUUUCUACUAAGUUCCAUUUUUUGGCUAUUUGUGACUUGGUUCUUCUUAUUCUUUCCUCAUUUAGAAGGUACCCCCUUCUACUUCACUUUCAUUCUCAGCAUAGUAGCUUUCCUCUACUUUUUCUACAAGACUUGGGCAACUGAUCCAGGCUACACAAAGUCUUCUGAAGAAGAAAGGAACAUGAGUAUCAUCACCCUCGCAGAAACAGGUUGCCUGGACUUCAGAACAUUUUGUACAUCAUGUCUUAUUCGGAAACCUUUAAGGUCACUGCAUUGCCAUGUAUGCAACUCCUGUGUGGCUCGAUAUGACCAACACUGCCUGUGGACUGGACGUUGUAUAGGCUUUGGCAACCAUCACUAUUACAUAUUCUUCUUAUUUUUCCUUUCCGUGGUAUGUGACUGGAUUAUAUAUGAAUCUUUUGUCUAUUGGUCCAGUCAUUGCACCACAACAUACAAACAAGACGGAUUCUGGACCUACCUCAAUCAGAUUGUGGCCUGUUCAACAUGGGUUUUGUAUAUCUUCAUGCUGGCAGUCUUCCACUUCUCAUGGUCAACAUUUUUGUUAUUAAAUCAACUUUUUCAGAUUGCUUUUCUUGGCCUCACUUCUCAUGAGAGAACCAGCCUGCUGAAGCAGAGCAGGCAUAUGAAACAGACUCUGUCCCUCUGGAGGACCCCCUAUAACCUUGGAUUCACACAGAACCUGGCCAAUUUCUUCCAGUGUGGCUGCUUUGGCUUGGUGAAGCCCUGUAUGGUGGACUGGACGUCACAGUACAACAUGGUCUUUCACCCAGCCAAAGAGAAAGUUCUGCGCUCGGUUUGAAGAAAAGCACCCAGAUGCUCACGCAGAUGUUUUUAUUAUUAUUGGUAAUGAUGCCUUGUGGUCUGAAAGUGAAGAUUUAGAAUUCACUAAGUCCAAAGGAAAACGUGGGUGGUUUUAAAGGCCACUUGGAGAAAAGUUCUUGAGAAAGGCAUUGCAUUGAUUUAGAAUUAACAAGAUGGACAAUCUUGGCACACAUCUGAAAAUUUUUAUAUUUUUCCACUAGAAAAUGCGAGUUUGUUUUGUUUUUUUAGGUAAUAUACCCUAAUUAUGGAUAAAAUGAAGUAUUUUUCUGAAGCUGUAUUGGCUGUUUUAAAAUAGUUCUAUUCUUUAAACUUGUAAAUUUUGAUAAAUUAUUUGUCUUUGUUAUAUCUAUAAAUAUGUAAACAUAUAUUUAAAUAGCUGUGUCUGUUUAGCUUUCAUGCAAUAAAUUUUUUUUUUAGUU